AUAGCGGAUUUCUGUAAAUUCACUGAGGAAGUUUUGAGCGCUGUGAAGGAUGAUUCGGAGCUGAUCGAAGUGAUCAAUGCUCUUGAUACAGCUGAGAGUUUCGAUUCGCUAACUGGUAGCAAUUUGAUUGAUCAUCUAGUUGGCCGUCUUAGCCAUGAAGGAGUGGCGAAGUGGAUACAGAGUUUCGAUUCGCUAACUGGUAGCAAUUUGAUUGAUCAUCUAGUUGGCCGUCUUAGCCAUGAAGGAGUGGCGAAGUGGAUACAGACAGCCAAUAAGCCAUGGUCUUUUCGACAUAUAUGUGCUGCUUUCCCGCAUUGGAGCAACGAAGCAAAGGUGGAAGCUUUGACAAACCUGCUGCAACGACCUAGAGCCCAAGAAGUUCAGUACGCUGUUGGGAAUUGCAUUGACUCAAUGUUUAAGAUGAAGGCACCUUUGUGUGCUCCAUGGACAUUUGGAUACAUUAAGUCGGAUCACUUGAUAAAAAAAGAAAUUGGACGAUCUUUCAGUGCUCUGCAAACUUUUUGGAUUUGCUUGAAACUAUGGUCAAAAAUGGCAUCAUCAGAUGAAAUGUCUGAAGGAUAUGUGAGCAACGCCGAAGAGCUGAUCAUGAUAGCUCAAGGAGACGAAGACAGUCUCAAGGUGAUUAUUACCCUUCUAGUCAGCUCCAUAGUGAAUUACUGA